AGUUUAGUAUCUUUAUUGUUGUAUAUAAAUUAUAAAAAAUCUUGUAACUUUUAUAUAUUUGCUUGUAUGAUAGAUCUUCCCAUUAAAUCACUAAACGCGAGUACUCAAUACACAUGUUUUUUGACCUAGUAAACAUGAAAUAAAUCAGCUCAAAAUGUACGAAGAAGAUUUUGAAGGAGGUGACGCAGGAGCAUCACAUACUGUCCCAGUCCAGGCUGGAGCCAUUAAAAAGAACUCGUUUGUCAUGAUCAAGGGACACCCUUGCAAGGUCGUGGAAUACUCAACCUCGAAAACAGGGAAACACGGCCACGCCAAAGCAAACAUAACGGGUAUCGACAUUUUCACCGGGAAAAAAUACGAGGAUAUAUGUCCCACAUCACAUAACAUGGACGUUCCUCACGUCAAGAGGACUGAAAUCCAGCUCAUCGGUAUUGAGGACGAUGGAUUUGUCACACUCUUAAACCAAGACGGGUCCUGCAAAACAGACCUUCAGCUGACUAAGGAUGGUGAGGGAAAUUUUGAUGAGGUUGCUAAGCAAAUCCAGACACUCUACGAGUCAGGGAAGGAAGUCUUAGUCACAGUACUGUCAGCCUGCGGACAAGAAAAAAUUGUAGGAUGUAAAGAAUUAUCUUAACUUAUUCCAAAUGCUAAAAUAUAAUACAAUCAUUAAUCUUCUCCAUUCCACA